CCCCACUCUCUCUCUCUCUUCUCUCUCUAUAGUCUCUCCACCCGCGCCCUCUCACUCUCUCACUUAACAGUCGUCAUCGACGCCUAGGGUCUCACCGAACCACUCCCUCUAUCAAAUUGUUCUUCUGUUUGUUUUUUCUUCACUGCUAGCAGAUCUGAAUCAACGGAUGGCUGUGAAGUGGAGCUAGGGUUUCGCAGUCGCCUUUUCGAAGUCUUGAUUUUUCUUGUGGCGGGGUUUGGAUUGGAAAUGGCGACUGUGAACCCUUUCGAUUUGCUGGGCGACGACGACAACGACGACCCGUCGCACCUGAUCGCUGCUGCUCAGCAGCAGAAGAUCGCGCAGCCCAAAAAGAUCCUCGCUCCGACUCAAGCCCCGGCUCAGCAAGCCAAGCCGGCCAAGUUUCCCGCCAAGCCUCUCCCUCCAGCUCAAGCUGUGACGGAGGCAAAGACUGGAGCAGGACGUGGUGGUGGGCCUGGCGGCAGAGGUGGCGAACGUGGAUCUGGGCGCGGUCGUUCUGGAGGUGGAUUCAGAGACUCAACGAAUAAUGAGAAGUCAUUUAGCAAUAUUAAAUUUUCUGGCAAUCAAGGUACUAGUCAUGAGGCAGAUACUGGGAAGCCCACUGAAAAGCGUGGUGGCUAUGGUGAACCACACGGUUCUUUCCGUGGUGGCUAUCAUGGUGGUUUUAAUAAUGAAGAAAUGGGAGACGGGGAACGCACACGUAGGGCAUUUGAACGGCGUAGUGGAACUGGACGAGGGAAUCAGACCACCAAACGUGAAGGAGCUGGUCGGGGAAAUUGGGGAACAAGGAAUGAUGAAUUUGCUCAAGUGACCGAGGAAGUUACCAAUGAAGUUGAGAAAAAUCAAGGAGCUGAGAUGCCCUCAGGAGAGGAGGGUGCUGGUGAUGUCAACAAGCAGUCUCCUGCAAAUGAAGCUGAAGAAAAAGAACCCGAAGAUAAGGAGAUGACACUUGAACAGUAUCAGAAGGUGCUGGAAGAAAAGAGAAAAGCAUUGCAGGCACUUAAAACUGAGGAGAGGAAAGUGGAUGUUGACAAAGAGUUGAAAUCCAUGCAACAACUUUCAAACAAGAAAGACAUUGAUGACAUCUUCGUGAAAUUGCGUUCUGAAAAGGAUAAGCGAAAAGAGAUAGCUGAAAAGGAGGACAAAGCGAAAAAGAUUGUAGGCCUGAGAUUUGUUGCUGGGUACGUGACAGCGUAAUAACACCGGGACAGGAGAUGGUGACAGACAAUAGGGACAAAAGAUCCCAGCCCAUGUUUUUGAGAGUUUCGAUGUAGGGUAGUUUCUCAACUCUCUCUGCAUACAAUGGUUUAGGGUUUGAAGUUUUAAAGCUUGAAAACCAAAUUCACACCAAGCUUCUCACUUGGUUUUUACUUAUAUGACCAUUUUCAAGCUUGGCAGGCAGUUUUUGGCUUCUACAUUUGACGAAUUAUAACAUGAUUUAAGGUAAUUACGUGAGAUAGCAACAAGAACCUACAAGGGGAAGGGGCUAACAUGCUUUGCUUGCAUUCAAGUUUGUUACCUCAAUGAUAAGGUAAUCAUAAGCGGCCUCUCUUCAAAACUGAGGCUAAUAACAAUUCACCUAAUGGAAUGGAAAGUAUCUGGGAGUUGGAAUGCAAUAUGUUUUAUAAGAAAUAGUAAAUCUUUCCCAUACUUAAAUAUGGAAAUUCUUCAGAAUGAAGUUUCCCAUGUAGAAGCUAAGGAUGAUACGACUUUCAUUGAGUACAUUAAUAUUUGGCUUAUAAGUUGACUGGUUAUUUUUUGCUUGUUCUAGGCUGUCAGCAUUAACGAGUUCUUAAAGCCUGCUGAAGGA